GAUAGGAUUCCAUGCCACACUAUUUCCACAAGCCAUACCAUCCCAUUAUCAACAUUGGUUUCAGUUUAGUUCACUCAAAAAAAAAAAAAAUCAAAAACAAAAGGCUUCACACAGCUCUACCAACCAAAAACUCAAAAACUUAAAACAAAUGGCAGCAACAUCCGCAGCUCUGUCUAGUGCCAUGGUGAGCACUUCCUUCGUGAGGAGACAGCCAACGACGACCUCUUUGAGGGCGCUUCCCAACGUGGGCCAGGCUCUUUUUGGGCUCAAGGCCACAUCAAGCCGCGGAGGGCGUGUGACAGCCAUGGCAUCCUACAAGGUCAAGCUCCUCACGCCUGAAGGUGAGACUGAGUUCGAGUGCCCGGACGACGUCUACGUGCUCGACCAAGCCGAGGAAGUUGGGAUCGACUUGCCUUACUCGUGCCGUGCCGGGUCGUGCUCGUCGUGCGUCGGAAAGGUGGUGAAAGGAGAGGUAGACCAGUCGGACAACAGCUUCCUUGACGAUGAGCAGAUGGCCGGUGGUUGGGUUCUGACAUGUGUUGCUUACCCUCAGUCUGAUAUAGUCAUUGAGACUCACAAGGAGGAAGAACUUGAAUAAGAUCAUGUUGUAAUUUAUUCAUGUUCAUUUUAUGUUUUGUUCUCUUAUUCCAAGAAGAAAAAAAAACUGUCAAUGCCUUGGUUGGUUGGUUGGUUGGGCUGGCUAAUUAGCUUUUUUUCAAAGGAUAAGGUUUUUCCUUGUCACUUGAACGAGUUAUUACAUGUUUUUUAAACUCCCAUUUGUAGUAAUGAAAUAACUGAUAUUUUAGCUUGA